AUGGCUGCCAGUCAUACGAUAGGCAACAUGCAGCCGUUUGACGAAGCCACAGAAACAUUCACUUGUUACGUUGAACGGUUAGAGCUAUUCUUUGAUGCUAACAACAUAAAUGAAGACAAAAAGACAGCCUCGCUACUUAGUUUAAUCGGUCCCAAAACCUACAAUCUGUUACGAGGUCUGACCUCACCCAGAAAACCCAAGGACAAAACAUACCAAGAGAUCAUAGAAAUUCUUGAGGGUCAUUUAUCACCACCCCCGCUCGAAAUUGGAGAGCGUUACAAAUUCCACCAAAGAAAUCAAGUGCUUGGCGAAGAUAUCAACGCAUUUGUGGCCUCAUUGAAACAAAUGACUGAACAUUGUAAUUUUGGGGAAUUUCUUCCCCAGGCCCUCCGCGAUCGAUUUGGUUGUGGUUUAGCAAAUGAAUCUAUUUCUAAGAAAUUGCUGUGCGAGCGUGAUUUAACCCUAGAAAAAGCAGUCACCAUCGCCAAAGCAAUGGAACAGGCCGGGAAAGGUGCCAAUGCAUCCCACCAAGCACACACCAAGCCCAGACCCCCGAAUCUGCCCGGCCACAUCAGUCCCGCGUUUUCAAAAUGGAGCAAAUCCCACAGACACGCGCGCAGGGACUGUAAGUUCUACAAUGCCAUUUGCCGCAUAUGCAACAAGCGCGGGCAUAUUUCUGAUAUCUGCAUGUCCAGUACCAAUCGCAAAAAGAGCACCCCAAGCAAGAACAAACCCACCCACUGUGUAGAGCAGGAAAUCUCAGAGGGGGAGGAAGAUGAGAUCCAGUGCUUACACAUUUUCAAAUGUGAUACAACCAGUCCCCCUAUUCUAGUACAAGUCAGCGUUGAAGGGUCCCCGGUUAGCAUGGAACUGGACACGGGUUCGUCAGUGUCAAUCAUCCCGCGCAAUGUUUAUGAGAGUACAUGCAAACACCUAGAGCUCAAACCCGCUAAAGUAAAGCUUCGCACAGUUGCACUCUUUGGUCGCUCUUGGCUGCGCCUAUUCAAACUCGAGUGGCCAUCAAUCAAGUUGGUUCAAGGCAAGAACACUGCACUGUCAGACCUCACAGAGAAGUAUCAAGAUGUUUUCAGCGACGAACUAGGCUGUCUCAAGGGAUAUGCUGCGCAGCUACACGUCCGUGAUGUGGCAACUCCAGUACACCAAAAGCACCGCACAGUUCCUUUUGCCAUCCGGCACCAGGUGGAAACAGAACUAGAGAACUUAGAAAAACAGGGGAUAAUCUCUCCUAUCACCAAUAGCGAAUGGGCAACACCUGUUGUCCCGCUGGUGAAGAAAUCUGGUGGUAUACGCCUAUGCGGGGAUUUCAAGGUCACGUUAAACCCUGAGCUAGUGGCCGACUCCUAUCCCCUUCCAACCCUAGAUGAUCUGCAAGAAAAAAUGAACGGUGGGUCUUUCUUUUCUAAGUUAGACCUUACCAAAGCAUACUCCCAGAUACCACUCGACGACUCUGCUAAACAGUUCACAACCCUGACCACUCACAAAGGAUUGUACGCCUACAAUCGACUUCCAUUUGGCGUAGCGUCCUCAGCGGCGAUUUUCCAGCAACAGAUGGACAGAAUUUUCAAGGACCUUCCACAAGUACUGUGUUACCAAGACGACAUCCUGGUGACAGGAAGAGACAGCGAAGAACACCUUUCAAACCUGGAAGAAGUUUUGCGACGCCUACACGCCAACGGUCUCACAGCACAACGAGAGAAGUGCGAAUUCAUGCAGCCAUCGCUAAAAUACCUCGGCCACGUCAUCGACAAAGACCACUCCACCCCACGAGUGACAAGGUAG